AUGCUUGGUGUGGGAGUUUUCAAGCUUUCCCUUGCGCUCGCUGUGUUGUACUCUGCCUACGCGGCUCCCGGCCUCGAUACUCGAUCCGGCGACUGCACUGGCACCAUCUCAUCUCUUUCAGACGUAUCAGCUGCUGUGAAGUGCACGACCAUCAAUGUCAAUGGCUUCACUGUUCCGGCAGGAUCAUCAUUCGCUCUGAACCUGCUUUCUGGCACUACUGUGAACAUCCUGGGAGACAUUACCUUCGGAGAGAAGUCUUGGGCCGGGCCGCUGUUCUCCGCUAGUGGGUCCGACAUCACUUUCAAUGGAAACGGACACACUUGGAACGGCAACGGCGCGUUCUACUGGGACGGCCAGGGCUCUAAUGGUGGCACCACAAAGCCGCGUCCAAUGAUGAAAGUCAAGAUAUCUGGGACGUUCUCGAACGUGAAGGUCCUGAACUCGCCCGCUCAAGUCUACUCCAUCGACAACGCCGCGCAGCUUACCCUGUCUGGCCUUACCAUUGACAACACGGCUGGCGACGCUGUCGAUGCCAGCACCGGAAAGACCGUAGCGAAGAACACGGACGGAUUUGAUGUGGGAAACCAGGCGCCGUUGACGAUCAUGAAUAGCGUUGUCAAGAACCAGGACGACUGCAUAGCGAUCAACUCCGGCUCGAACAUACUCUUCCAGAACAACACCUGCAGCGGUGGACACGGGAUAUCAAUCGGCUCAAUUGGUAGCGACGACACGGUCUCGAACAUCACAGUGACCAACAAUAUCAUCGACAACAGUGCGCAAGCUCUACGCAUCAAGACAGAAGCCACUGCAACCGGCUCAAGCGUUUCUGGCGUCACCUACACGGGUAACACCGGUACCGGUAUGACCAGCUACGGAGUGAUCAUCGAUCAGAGCUAUCCGGCCACCCUGGGCACGCCGGGCUCAGGAGUAACCAUCUCUGGAGUCAACUUCAAAGGCACGAACACGUUCACGGUAAAUAGUGGGGUAACUCGCGCUGCCGUGAACUGCGGCACAGAUUCAUGCGGAGGAACUUGGGAUUGGUCUGCGCUCAAAAUCACGGGAGGCAAGACGAGCAGCAUCAACUACAGCGGGAUCACGGGGUAUACGCUGUAG